AUGUCUUCACCCGUCAAAACCUGUGUACUCGGCGUCGGCCUUGCUGGUCUCGCCUUCCACGUCCCCUUCAUCCUCGCUCUACCUGAAGUCUUCACUCUCUACGCUGUUCUCGAACGCAACCCCACCUCGGAAGGUGGCAAGGUCAAGGAACGGUUUGGUGCUACCGUCAAGAUUCACAGGUCUCUCGAGGAUGUACUCGCCGAUCCUGAGAUCGAAUUGAUUAUCGUGGGUACGCCCAACGAGACGCAUUAUGCUUUUGCGAAGGCAGCGUUGGAGGCCGGGAAGAAUGUGCUAGUCGAUAAGCCUAUCACCUCCAAUUUUAAAGAAGCACAGGAGCUCGGGGCUCUCGCAAAAUCCAAAGGCCUUGUCAUUUUCCCAUUCCAAAAUCGUCGCUACGACUCCGACUAUCUCGCCCUUCGUAGUCUCCUCAGCCUCCCCAAAUCUUCCCCAGAAUCUCUUGGAGAUCUUGUUGAGUUUGAGUCUCAUUUUGAUCGCUACCGAGCCUCGCUCAAGGGUACGUGGAAAGACGAACCCAAGCCUGCAGCGGGACAGACAUUCGACCUCGGUGCCCACCUCAUCGAUCAAGCCCUCACACUUUUUGGUAGACCGAAGUCCGUGACCGCUUUCAUCGAGAACAUCCGAGGCGUUGGAAACCCCGCCGUCGAUGACUCUUUCACUAUCACUCUGCGCUACCCAGCCGGCGCCGUCUCCCCACACCCCUUCACCGCCAUCCUCCGCGCACACAUCCUCUCCGUCCGCACUUCUCAACCUCGUUUCAUCGUUCGUGGCACCAAGGGUACCUACCUCAAAUACGGCCUCGAUAGGCAAGAAGACAGACUACGAGUCAUGCCCAAAGCCGAAUCCAUCUUCGAGGCUGAUUUCGGGGCCGAACCGGAAUCGAUGUGGGGCGAGUUACACAGUUUGAGGGAGGACGGGUCCGUUGUGAAAUCUACGUGGCCGUCGAAAGAGCCAGGUGCAUACGUGAAUCUGUUCAAGAAUCUCGCUGCUACGAUCCGAGGGACCGCAGAGCAAGAGGUGAAGUGGGAGCAGUCUGCGGGUGCAAUCGAAGUGAUUGAGUUGGCGCAUAAGAGUUCGAAGGAGGGAAGGACGAUCGAGCUCUCCUGA